GUAAUAGUAACAAUUCCACAGAGAGUAGGAGUAGCCAUUGCUUUACUCGUAAUGUUGGUUCGUAAGUCCUUUAUUUCGAAUCAAGAUUGUCGUUUCUAUUUCUCCCAGGUUGUUAUUUCCUCAUGUUAACCAAACCCUAAAUCCGACUUGGUCCAACUCCAUGUUUUGUUUAGAGGAUUACAUUCUCAUAUGAGAUUGAUUAUUUAAUAUUUAGGAUAAUUUUUGGUAGUGAUGAAAACCUGCUUAAGGCUCAUCACAUUCAAAGGUCUAGCUGUAUCCCCCCACAAUUCAAGAUUUCACUGCAAUGGCUUUGGAGACUCCGUUUCUUUGUACAGUUUCAGGUCUCAAUAUCUCUAUUCAACCCCUGCCCCGACCCAUUUCUUGGUGAAAUACCUCGUUGAUUCUCUCGGUUUCUCCGAAAAGGAAGCAAUAUUGGCAUCUUCCAAGGUAACUUCAUGUAAAACCCCAAAGAAUCCUGAUUUAGUCAUCGAUUUCUUGAUACAAACUGGUUUGGACAAGACCCAGAUGAAAAAAAUGGUUUCUGCAGUACCCAAAUUGCUAUUCUCUGAUGCUUCCAAGACCUUAAAACCCAAAUUCCAGUGCCUUAUGGAUCUCGGGCUAUCUGGGUCGGACCUGGUGAAUGUAGUUGCUAAAGAUACACAAAUUAUUGAAAGAGGUUUAGAUACUCAUAUGAGACCUACCAUUGAUUUGCUUAGAAGAACUUUGGGCAGUGAUGAUAAUAUAGUUAAGGCUAUAAAGAGAUUUCCUUGGUUGCUUACUUUUGGUGCUCGUCAUAUUAUGGAGACUAAUCUAUUGUUGUUGAAAAACUCUGGUGUUCCUGAUGUGAGAAUAAAAGAACUUGUGCUUCGAAAUCCUAGAUGUAUUGUAAAAAUUGUGCCUCAGCGGUUUAAGGGUUUGUUGCAUAGGGUGGAGAACGAAUUUCGAGUUCCGCGUGACUCCCCUAGUUUUCUUUAUGGAUUUCAAGUGUUAACCUCGCAAAAGACGUCUAUGUUGGAUAGGAAGUUUGGAGUUUUCAAGAGUUUUGGAUGGUCUGAUGAUGAUAUACUCGAGAUGUUCCGGAAGCAGCCUUUUUGUGUUGGUCUCUCAGAAGUUAGAAUUCAGAAAGCUCUGAAUCUUUUCAUGAAGGAGCUUGGUUUUGAACCUGCUUACUUGGUUUCUCAUCCUGCAAUUUUGGGCUAUAGCCUGGAAAAAAGGGUGGUACCUCGGAUGCAAGUCUUGAAAAUUUUGGACGAAAAGAAGCUUGAGAGGAGAAAGUUGGCUCUUUAUAGUGUGUUGAGCAUAGCAGAGUCAAAGUUCAUAGAGUAUUUUGUGCUGCCCUACAAGUAUCAGAUACCUGAUUUGUAUAAACCACUCAAGAAAAUUGUGGCUCCUUAACAGUUUUAGUUUACUUUUGGCACUAUCGGUGCUGAGAUCUUUCUAAAUCUUCAGUUGUAGUCCACCACAUUUUCCCGUUUUCAUUUUUCAGUUUGACAUGGUCGGUGUUGCUAAACAUUAUUCAUGAAAGGCCUACCUCAUAUUUACAAGGCUGAACUGUUGUAAGCUAUAUGCAAAAUCAAGCUUACCAUCAAAACCUGUACAGAUUCAAUAGAUCCCAUUGAUAAACUAAUUCCCUUUGGCAUUAUGUCAAAUACUUUUUGUGCUACGGCAUUGGUUAUAUGAUGUAAGGGUCUGAUUUUCUCUUUGAUAUGGAUGACAGAAGGAAGUAUGGUUUUCCCAGUUGGAACCUUCUCAUAUUAUGUCUGAUUUGAUCCCAUUAACAUUUUGCAUGAGUUGUUUGCUAAUCUAUACAUUUAAAAGGUUAGCUCCAUAAGCCCUACCUUUUAAAACCCAAUGUGGUCCGGCCCUUCCCUAGACCCUACGCAUAGCGGUAGCUUGGUGCACUAAGAUGUCCUGUACCUUAAAGCUUUAGUCUUUGUCCAAUCUUUAUUGUGAAGAUGAACAUUUUUUGUCAUUUCCUACAUUCUAGUCCUUGAAAUGAUUUUGUCCUACUUACUCUGUAAUGUAUGUAAAACUCUUAUUUAUCACAACCUUAUAUGUUUGAGGUAUGUGUCUCUGGAAGAUUAGAGUCAGGGAAACAUCAUU